AUGAAACCAUCAGGAACUCAUAAACAGACAAGUGAUAAUGCAAGCUCAAGGCGAAAUCAGAGCCAAAAGAAGGUAGUCAGAAUCCCCAGCACCAAAGCUAUCUCCGAGGUUGAGAAGGUGCAACUCAAUUCUCCUCGAUCUUCAGAAAUCUUUAACAACCGUUCUGGAACCAAUAGCGGAGACAAGAACGAGAGUGUCCUAGUGAAGAGAUGUCAUAAUAACAAGUUGCCAAGCCGCAAAGUCUCAGGUGAGAAAUAGCCCUCUUGUCAAUGCUCAAUGCUUCGGUCAAAGGAAAGCUGAAGCUUUGAAGGCGAAGAAGAGCAGCACUAGGAACCAAGAUAGAGAUAUAUCACAAGAAAUUGACCUUGCCGGUCAAACUGAUGGCCUUGAGGCGGCUAUGAAGAUCUCAAAAAUCUCAAUGCCUCAGAAUAAAAAUGACUUGAAAAGAAAAAUUGCCCAAAGAAGGAAGAAAAUUAAGAGGAAUAUAGAUCUACUCGAAUUUCAACCUGUGCAAAUGCAGAGGAUCUCGCUCAAGGAUGAACAAAAGCAAGCUAGGGAUUCUUCUGCAAUCUCCCAAAAGUCUAAAAUAGCAAAAGGUGCACAUACUGAUAGGAACAAAGUCAACAAAGCCUUAUUUAUAAAUGAUCCAACGAAAUCAGUCUCAAGGGGAGAAAAUAAGCACAAAAAUUUAUUGAGAUCAAAUAUCACAAAAGCUCAAGGAAAGUUGUUUUCUUCUUCUCCAAAGAAAGCUGUUCAGAAGAGCAUGAUCCUCGAAAAGGAAGAAAACCCUCUAGAAGACAUUUCUACAGGUAAGAUGAAGGCGUAUAUGGAGUUCCAGAAUUCGAUCCGCAAAACACAGAGGGUUAUUCCUUCCAAGCUGCCUCCAAAGCUACUGACUGAUUUCCCUCAUCAUCGUCCGAACAAUAAGAAUUAUGUUGAAUUCUUGUCUAAAUUCAGGAAAUUUCAGCAAAGAAGGGGGCAGAGAAUGUCACAAAGUUUAGCGGUUAUUUCAUAUGGGUCCUCAAAGGAGCUAGAUGAACAGGAUUCGCAGCAGAAUUAAGAAUUUACCUAGAUAUCCCCACUUGCCUUUUAAAAAGCAGUGUCUCUACAUGUCCUCUAACCAGGAGAAGAACAGUGCUCUAGAGAUUAAGAAAAGAAUGCUGAUGAGCAAGUAUAUGCAUCAGGAGUUUGAUCCAAUUUUUGAGACUGAUUUCGGCAAAGCUUAUUUCUCAGGAAUCGAAGAAUCCGAUGUACUGGAAGGAGAAACCAUUGCUGAGAUGGUAGCCAGGCUCGGAAAUUAUGGCAUAGAGAGGAAAUAAAAAUCUGCUAGGACGAGCAGCAAGAAGAGAUUUUAAAUCUGAGCAGGAUAAUAUCCACAAAUCUUUUCAAGGCAAAACUACAGAUUCACAAAAGCCAUCAACAGUCAGGCUAAAUUUCGACAGUAUUGAAAAUAAAGAGGCUAUUGAUCAAUACCUAAACAAAUUAUUUGUAAAGCUAAACCUCCAGCCAGUAGAAAACCAUACAAGGGAGUCAUUCAGAUCUGUGAUCGAGUGUCUCAAAAAGUUCAACAAACGGUACCACAGCAAAAAGAAGGGUCCCAGCGUGAACAUCAAAGAGUUACAGAAAGCUGAAGGUUUAUUCCAAGAGCGAGGCAACAGCAAUGAUGACCUUGAUCUCACCUCCAAUACACAGUCUGUCUUCCAGAUCGCGAUGAACAAGAAGCAGGAGUAUGACAUGAAAAAGAGUGAUCGUGAGAUUCUCAGGUCAUCUCGAAUUUCUGGUAGGUCUAAUUUCUACCCAGGGACAAGAAAAGCUAGUCGAAACAGCAAACGCAAUCAAAAUGGGUUUUCCCAAAACUUGUUCGGAGAAGUUGGCAAGAACAAUCAGAAGCAGACCCAAAGUAUUUUCAACAGAAUUCGUGAAGAUAUGUACAAAAAUCUGAAAGUAUCUACUUCAGGAAACCAUUGUGAUAAGUUCGGUUUCCUAAAAUCUCCAAUGACCUCACAGAUAAAUGAAAGACCUCCAGUAAUGAUGUCUCCACUUGAUGGGAAGGCUGUGUAUCCAAGGUCAGGCCGCUCUAGAAAAGGUCUGAAUUCAAGUUUCAUUAACCCACAGGAAAAGAGAGUCAAGAUUGAGUUUCAGAAUACGCCAACUACUAAACGAAGGAUAGAGAGCGAGUACAAGAAUUUAAUAAGGAAAAACUCCUUAGAAUCCAAAGCAAGUCGCAGAUCUAUUGAAAAACUUAAUUUCGAUACAAGGAAGUUAGAAGAAGCUAUUGAUGAAUUCAUGCUCAAUCCUGAGAAUGCUAACCUUGACUCAAUUAUGGCAAAUAAAGAGGAAGAGAAGAAGCUGGAAGAAAGUCUGUUCUACAACAAGAAGUUCCUAGAACAAUGUAAAAGUGACAAUAACUAUAUCACUUUGAUGAUACAUAAAAUGAAGAAGAGUUCUUAUAGGCAUAACCAAAGAGAGUUUUAA